CUUUUGCAUCGUGCGUUGAAUCGUCGCCACGACUGCAGUUCAAGGCUCUCUUCUCUCUUCAAGCCCUGCCGCCCGUGUUGGCGCGGCACGACAUCGCCAGAAAGCUGGAAGCGCACCGGGUCCUGCUGCCCUGUCGCCGAGACACCAUGCCCCAACCCCGUCCGCCCAAGCGGCCUAGCGACGCCGGCGACGGGUCAGCCGACUCGGCGGCCCCUGCGCCCAAGGUGAAGCUGGCGCGUCUCGAGCGCAGGCCCGAGGAGUUCUCCAACGUUGUCAAGAGCAAACUGCAGUCGUACACGCGCACGGGGCAGGCAUGCGACCGAUGCAAGGUCCGCAAGAUUCGCUGUGACGCCCUCCCGGAAGGUUGCUCGCAUUGCGCCACCCAAAACCUCGAGUGUUAUGUCACCGACCGCGUCACUGGCCGCACCGAGCGGAGGGGCUAUCUGCAACAGCUCGAACGCGAGAAAGGUGCCAUGCUCGUCCACAUCCGCGAGCUCGAGAAGCUGCUGGAGAACCACGGCGUCGAAGUACGGCCGUGGCAGUGGCCGGGGUAUACCACCACCUACCCUCCGGGAGUCAGUUUCGACCACCUUGGCAACCCGGUUCAAGACCCGUCUUCCAAGGAGCAAUGGCAGCAAGUCGGCUUGGUGUGGGUCAAGAACAGCCAGAAAAAGUCGCAAAACAACAGCAGUGCCCAACCGCCGUGGUCGACCCUCGCGUCCAGGCCGAAAGACAGCUACCUGGGCGUCUCGUCGGACAGCGCACCCCUGAGUUCUAUCAAGGGGACGACGCUGUCCAUCCUCGGGACCAAUAUCGAUAUUACCUGUUUCGACGCCCCUGACAUGGACGAGCCCGCUCCCGGCACGCCCAUCGGGUCGCCGCUCUACAACAAAUCGGUCAUGGCUUACCUCCAGUCCGCCCUCAACAUCAACCCUCCGCUGACCAAUGUGGAACUGCCCCCCAAGAUGGAGGCAUUCCGUUACGCCGAGUGGUACUUCCUCAUGAUCCACCCGUUCCUCCCAAUCCUGCACAAGCCCUCCUUCAUGCAGCUUUUAACACGCAUCUACGACGACCCGACGUUUAAACCAACGGUGCCGGAGCUGGUCAUUGUCCACAUGGUCCUCGCCACCAUCUAUUUUCAGUACGGCGUCAGGAACCGAGAGGAGCCCGAGAAGCACGCCCAGCUCAACGACCUCUCUAACAAGCAUUACCACUGGAGCCUGAGCAAGUUCUUCGAUCUCGCCAUCUCUCAGUCGGUGACGGCCGUCCAGGCCCUCGCCAUGAUCGCCUCGCAUACCCGCAACUUCCCCAAGCCCGAGUGCUCUUUGGCCGUCUCGAGCUACGCUUUCGGCAGGGCCAUCGAGAUGAAUCUGCACAGGGCCGCCGAGAUACCGGCCGGCGGUACGACACUCGAGAACGAAGUGCGCAAGAGGGUCUGGUGGGCCAUCGUGGCCAUCCUGUGCACGCUGAACGGACGGCUCGGGCGGCCCAUGCCCAUUUCCGUCGAAGAGUUCGACGUCGAGUUCCCGAUCGCCAUCGACGACGAAUUCAUCGGGGAGGAAGGCAUUCUGGAUCCGUCCAAGAUUGGUCACUGCAGCUACCAUGCGGGACUGAUGGGGUUCAAGAUCACGCCCUUGUUCAUCGAGAUGUAUUCCAAACUUUACAGUGUGCGUCGCGACCCGAGCAAGUACGUCCAGGUGGUCACCCAGCUCGAGGAGGCCCUGCGCAAUCUCUUGGACGAGCUCCCGGACGAGCUCCGAGUGGAGAAGUGCCAACCGGGCAAUCGGGUCUUUGCUCUCUAUACCCAGGCCUUCUGCCUGGAGUUCACCCUUUGUCUAAGACACCCUUCCGUUUGCCUGACAGACGACCCCAAGAUCUGUGCCGAGAACACCAGGAUCUGCGAGGACGCCGCUCGAGAGCUGCUCAAGGUGGUUGGGUCCCUGUACAAGCUCAAGUCACUGGACACAACGUGGUACCAGCAGUCGGUGUACAUUGCCGCCAUGUUCUCGGUCUUGGUGGCGCACUGGCAGCGACGUUUCGAGACAACGGCGGUCGAGGUUGCCGCUCUCCGUGAGGAUAUGUCGCUUUGGCUCGGCAUCAUUAGGGAAAUCGGGAGGCUCCAGGGCAUCGGCGAUCGUCUAGCCAUCGAGAUUAGUGGCAUCAUCGAGCGAACUAUCAGCUGGAUCGAGCAAGACAUGGGCCGCAAGCCGGGCUCCCCAGCUGGCGAAGCCUCUGUCAAAAAGCAGCCAGAUUCGUAUCCAACAUCGGCGAAACCGAAGCAACAAGUAGAAGACCCGGGCAAUCCGCUGCUGCCGGCCAGUGUAGGAACGGUCGGCUCCUCCGAACAGCGAAGCGCUGGUACGACCAACGGCAACACGUAUUACGAUGGCGGAGUGGCGGGCUCGACCGCUCCUUAUCCGCCUCUCGGCUACGGUGACCAAGCGAACGGGGGAGCCGCUCUCAACAACAACGGAAACGGGACAGUCGAUUCCGCCGACGGGACUCAGUAUUUAUAUGCGGCAGCGUCUGCCGCAACAGCCGCUGCAGGGCCCAACCACACCGGCGCGAUGGAUCAGGCGGCCGCAGCACAGAACCCAUUGGUCGCCUUUGCCUCGCAAGCCACGCAGCACGUCGCCGGCCAAACGGCGGAUAGCUGGCCCGCACAGACGUCGUUGAUGGGGCAUCCCGCGGCGCCCGCCAAUCCGUGGCACGACUGGACAAAUGCCAUACAGGACACCCAGGAGCGGUACAGCGCCAACGCCCUGCUCACACUGAACUCGGGGCGGCCUGGUGAUGCCGGCACCGGCACCGGCGCGGUAGUCGACCACGUCGGACAGGGGGACGCGAUGACCAACGCACACACCGGGCAGUGGCCUCUCCUACUGUUCCACGACGGGUCCGGGAACGUGAGCGGGCCAUAGGCAGCUCGAUCUCCCAUGUCGGCAUGCUCUUUUUUGGGGGAGGGGUGCUAUUUUAUCAUAUCUACGGGGGCCUGCUUUGGUGUCGGUGUAGGCUUACCUGCUGGGCCACAUGUGCCUGGGACUAACUAAUACCGGCUUGUUUUUGGGGCAAUCAUGCUAAAACAAAAAGCUAUAAUUCAGUCUCUAGCACUUUUGCCAUGAGGGGUGGUGGGUUGGUGUUUGGGCGUCGAGUUGGAAGCAGCAGGUAACAUUUCUGGCAAUCUUUUGGGCUGAUUUACCGGAUAUACCCAAAGGUAUCUUUGUCCUGAGCAAUUUGGAUCAUCUAAUGUUUUGUGGCGGGGUUCGAUUCGAUAUGCGUUAGCUCGGUGGUCGGGAUAUGACAGGGGACCUUCAGGACGGCAUAACAGGAAUAUAUACACGUUUAUUCAGGGAAUGCUACAGCCUACAAGACAUGGCAUGCUCUUAGCAACGACAUUGACU